UUUGUCACAAAUAUUAAUCUUUAUGAUUUGAAUCAGAAUCCAAAUGGUGGUGUAUCAGCCUGGCUGCCAACAGGAGCUCCACAAUGGUUGGAGUGGUUCAAUCCAAUAGAAUUUUUCGAGGAUGUCGUCAUUGAAUACGAGUAUGUUGAGUGCACUUCAUCUUCAAUUCAAGCAUUAGCUUUAUUCAGGAAGUUAUACCCCGGGCAUAGAAAGAAACAUAUCGAUGAUUUCAUCACAAGUGCAGCAUGGUACCUUGAAGACAUGCAGACACCUGAUGGCUCAUGGUAUGGAAAAUGGGGAAUCUGCUUCAUCUAUGGAACAUGGUUUGCAAUUCGAGGGUUGAAAGCUGCUGGCAGGACUUACAAAUAUUGUGAGGCAAUACGCAGAGGUGUUGAAUUUUUACUUAAAAUACAGAAAGAUGAUGGUGGUUGGGGAGAGAGCUAUACUUCUUGUACAAACAAGAUCUAUACACCUCUUGAAGGAGAGCGAUCAAACUUGGUGCAGACCGCAAUGGGAUUAAUGGGAUUAAUUCAUGGUGGACAGGCGGAGAGAGACAUUACUCCCAUUCACAGAGCUGCGAAGCUUUUGAUUAAUUCUCAAAUGGAAAAUGGAGAUUUCCCCCAACAGGAAUUGAUGGGGGUUUUCAAUGUUAAUGCCAUGUUACACUAUGCAGCAUACAGGAAUAUCUACCCAAUUUGGGCUCUCGCAGAAUAUCGCUCCCUUGCCUCCUCUGGAUAGACGUGUAGACGUACAUGUUUGUAAAACACUAAUAUAUAGUUGGUGAGAAAUUAAUAUGAAAAAGAAAGAUAGAAAUUCCUCCUUUUCUUAUCAAGAAACAAAGUUUCUUCAUUAUAGUUGUUUAGCUCUUCCAAUAAGGUGAUGCAAACG